CGAAAAGAAUGCGCCAGUACUUGGAAGGCGCUCACUUGCUGCAAGAAUGAGUGGCCGUGCUCCAUUACUCGGUGUCGAAUCAACGGCCCUAAGCAAGGAUCGUCGCCGCUUUAUUAUCAUCUCAAUUUUCGAUGCCACUCUCACUACGUUACUUUGGCUGCUAUGUACGGUCACCAAAGGAGAUGACUGGCCGACAGUAUUUCUCCAGGAGAUUAACCUAUUUGAUGCUCAUUUUAUGAGCAUAUCUUUAUUUGAUAUAGUCCUUUGCGCUCUUGUUCGAAUGGUUGUGCUCAUUCUGUGUUACGCUAUUUUUGUCGUGCGACAUUGGCUACCAGUAGCAAUCACGACAUCCCUAUCUACCAUUUACAUUGUGAUAAAGGUUCUUUUCUUCUUUUCGCAUAAACAAGGCGGCCUUCCACAGUAUCUAUUAGUGCUCACUUCUUUUUCUAUUGCUUGGUUUGAAUUAUGGCUAAUGCCCUUCAAGGUUUUACCAGGCGAGCGCAGAUGCGAGCACAGCGAAUCCUAUACGAAUCAUGACGAUUUGUCCGUUCAUGUGCGUGGUAACUCCUUCAGAGAACCUCGCAUGAAUCACGUCGUUCCUUCACGGUAUAUGUCGGAUGAUGAGUUUCGCAGCGCUAUGGAAUUUUCUUCAGAAGAUGAAUCACAUGGUUUUGGUAAUGGCCCUCUUCGAGUGCGUGGGGGUCAAAUUUCUGUGGACCUGAGAGAAAAAUAUGAAAAAGCUUUGUUGGAUGCUUCCGAGAAAAUCGAAUGCUUUUUGCGUCAAGCAAGAAUGGGAGAAUGGAAGGUGCUGAAGUGCAAGGAACCCACGGUGUUGCAAGCGCCUGAUUUGUCCUACUUUAUUCGAUCGGACUUCUCGUGCACACCACAAGUGCUAUUUGAUGCUGCUUGGAGAGAUGUACUACGGUGGAAUACCCAACUUGUUGAAGCCAGGAAUAAGCAGUUCUCUUUUUCCUUUUUUUCUUUGAGCAUAUUGGGAUGGUUACAGGUGAUCGGCACUAUUGACCCUGUUACUGAUCUAUAUUAUACGAUGAUUGCACCUGCCCUAAAGGGUUACGUUUCUUCACGUGAUUUCGUUGAUAUCCGUAGAGUACAUUUCGAUUCUGCUGUGCAGACGUACACUGGCGUGUUCGUCUCCGUCGAGUCUCAAGCUUGUCCAGUGCAUGCCAAUAAGAAGGUCAUUAGAGGAACGAAUGGGCCAAGUUGUAUACGAGCCAUCGGUGAUCCUACGUCAGGAUCCCAUUUGGAAUGGAUUAUGCGCACGGAUCUGAAGGGAGGACUUCCGAAGCGACUGGUGCAGUCAACAAUGCUCAACUACUUUAUCGAGCAUGUUUCUCGUUUACGUGACUAUAUCGACAGACAAUCUGUGGUUCCUUCUAAUAGCUGA